GACUCCCUUCUAUUUUAGAAUCGGCUCCAUUAUGAAAAUAUUUAUAGUUCGUAAAGUGUGUUUCUUGCGAGCUCGCUGGUAGACGAUUUUAUUGAAUUUUCGCCAGCGAAAUGCCGAUCGGGAAGGGUGCGAGCACGGAGGAGAGACGGGGCAGCAGUACCGCGAAGCGCGAGACCUUUCGGCCGCCUUGGGUCAAGGAGGGGCCCGACGAUCUGCGCCCGAAACCGUCGGAGUUCCUCUCGAAAUCGAAACAGAUGAGCAAAGAUGCUGCGGCCCAAAAAGCGGAAGCGGCGAAGAAGGGCGAAUCACAAGAGAACGGCGGAUCCAAGGAGAGCACGUUCGUACGGCCCCAACUUAAGCCGGUUCCGCCAAAGGAACAGACGAAAUUGCAAUCACGAGAAGUUAAAGUGCCGAUUAAGCUCAACAGUGCGGCAGAACGGAGUUAUCCCGAAACAAAACCGCCACUCAAACGGAAUAGUAUCAUAAGCGAAGACACGGAAAAGCAGCCUCGCAAUCCGAUUCCGCGCCAGGACAGUUUGAAGAAGGUGGUCGCCCCGAAGGCGCCCCCGAUGCCGCCGCCCGCACCCAAGCUUCCCAAAGCGACCGACCUAAAGCCGCUCAGCGACAAGCAGAAGGCGACGAUCGACGCUUUAAAGGCACGACCGAAAGUACGACCCGACUGGACGGCGAUGCUCAAGGAGGUCGAGAGCGGACCCAAGCUGAAACACGUCCAGUGUAACGACCGUUCGAAACCGCUACUGCCGAAGACGAAGGACGACGACAAGUCGCAAUUUAUCUACGAGAGCGAGAAGCCGGAGAAGGACGACUCGCACAAUAUGUUGCUGAAGGAGAUCCAAUUGGGUGUAGCAUUGAAGAAGGUCAAGACAAACGAUCGCAGUAAGCCCGUGCUGGAGGGGCUGCGUAAGUUCCGAAGACAGAUGACCAUCGAGGAGCAGAUCAUCAAAUCUCAGUCGAUGGCCAGCAUACCACCAGAAGAAAUUGCAGAUGAGGUCGACGAAUUGGACGACAUCGACAAAGUGCGAGACGACCUCCAGAGCACCAAGCAAAUGCUCGCCAUCGAGCUUCGCAACAAAGAAUCGCUCGCACGCGAGAACAAGCGAUUGCAGACGCGGCUAGCUCAGCUGGAGGCCGAUCUCGAAAGGGAGCACUCAAACAAGAAGGUGUCAGAAUCUGCCGAGACCGAUGACAAGAUGCUAACCACUCUCAAAUCGGAAGCAGCCGACGCACGAAAGACAGCCGAAGACCUCAAGCAGAAGUUCCACGAGGCUUCCAAUCAGCUCGACAACACCAAAAGCGAACUGGAAGAGGUACGCAAGCAAAAACAAGUCCUCGAGAAGAAACUGACCGAAACAUUGUCGGGCAAACGCGUCUCGAUAUGCGAGCGUCAGGAUAGCAUUCGGAGGGAUUCGGAAAGCGAGCUGGAGGUCGCGCACGACUCCAACGACGACGACGAGGAAGACGAAGAGAAAAAAGAGCGUAAAAUGCAAAAGGAGGUGAAACAGCUCCGCAACAAACUCCGAGGCUGCAAGAACAAGGAGGACAACGCGAAAAAGGAACGCAUCGCGCUCAAAACGCAAGGCAAACGGCUACAGCAGGCGAUCAAGGACGAACGGAAGAAGUACCGGGGCCUGAAAAAGGAGGUGCACAAAAUGGCGGCGCUGCUCAAGGAUCCCGACGAUAGCGACGAAGAGGAGGAGGAAGCCGACGAGGAGGAGGAAGAGACACAGUCGGAGACGGAAAGCGAGAGCAGCGAAAGCGAGUCGGAGAGCGAGGCCGAGAAGAGCGCCAGCGAGGCAGAGGACGCGCCCGUCGAGAAGAAGCGCGCCAAUCUGACGAAACGCACGAAGCGGUACGAGGGACGGCUGACCGCUCUCAAGAAGGCCAACUACCUGCUCAAGACGAACGUCGAGCGACUACAGGACGACCUGAACAAGGCGAAGGAGGAGUCGAGCUCGUUACAGCAGGAGCUCGACUCGGUGCUGGCUGAAUUGGGUUAAAUUGCUUUUUAUUGUCGCGUUAAUCUUAACAAAAGCGCUCGCUAAUUUAAGUUUUUUUUAUAUUGUUGUGUAUUAUAAACGUGACGUUUUCUUUACUUGUAUAACCAAAUGUACACAUAAUAAAUGUAAUUACUCACCAAA